GAGAUCUUUUGCUUUUUUUUUUAAUUAAUUAAUAAAAAAGCUUGACAGAGCCCUCACCUUAGACGCCACCUAAUAAAUUAAUCAAAAAAAAAAAAGUCUGUUUUUUAUAUAUUUUUUUUGCAUAAAAAAAAAAAAAACUCUGAUUUUUAAUUCGUAUUAGUUUCUGAAUUGCAGAAAGCCAACGGGUUCAUAGAGCGCGCUUGCGUUGCAACUCAAAUCCGACACUGAAACUCUCUAGAAUCGUUAAUUUCGUGAAGUUCAAAAGUACUGCAUUGAAAGAGGUUAAGAGUUGAGAGAAGAAGUUGAUUGAAAUAUGCUUCAGAUUCGUCUUAGCAAGAAUCCUUCAUCUGAUGGAUCGGCAGGAGUGAAGCAUUCACCUGUCGAAACUGUUACGGUUGCGUGCCCUGACCAUUUAGUUCUUGCUGAUCUUCCUGUUGCAAAGGGCAUUGGUACAGCUACUGGUUCAUCUGUUGUUAGGAAUGUAGGUCGGAGAUCUCGACGUCAACUUGGUGAGCGAGUUCAUUUUUGUGUUCGCUGUGAUUUCCCGAUUGCUAUUUAUGGACGGCUGAGCCCUUGUGAGCAUGCUUUCUGUCUCGAUUGUGCUAGAAGUGAUUCAUUAUGCUACCUAUGUGAUGAACGAAUCCAGAAGAUUCAGACAGUCAAAGUGAUGGAAGGAAUCCUAGUAUGUGCAGCUCCUCAUUGUCUCAAGACAUUCUUCAAGAGAGCUGAAUUUGAAUCUCAUAUCCAUGAAUACCACGCUGAUCUUGUUCCCUCCAAUCCAGAUAAAGAAGACGGAAAUGAGUCAGAGGCACAAAGUGUUAGACAACCUACAGCCUCAGACUCCACUGUUCGAGGCCCUCAAAGGCAAGUUUUUUCACCAGGUUCAAAUUCUCAACCCCAUGAUCUGGAAGACAGAACCCGUCGGCAACCAGUAAGAGAUCAAACUCCUUCAAGGCCAACAAUGCAGCAAAAGCCGCCAUUUUUCGGCCAGCAACAUCACUCCUCAGAUACCAUGUCUGGUUCUGUUGGAGGUAUGCAACAUGGAAUUCAUCAACAAAGUUUUGACAUGCAGCAGCAUCCCCCACAAGAACCUUCCCAGUUUACCGACAGGCAGCAAUCUGUUGGUCCAGAUAACUCAUUUCCUGAGUAUCCAAUACUGCACCCUGCACAACCCGCCAAUGCCCCCCUGCACUCAAACCCAAUGCUGAACCCACCCGCACCAUUUGGUUAUCCCCCUUACCCACAAGACCGAUCCCAACCAUUUUAUGCUGCUGCACCCUAUGAUAAUAUGCCCAGGCAGGACUCAGCUUCUGAUAUAGGUGGGGACCCAAAUUCAUUAAUGGGUUUCCCUCAAGGUGUCCCAAAUGGCCCAAAUUUUCAAGGAAAUUAUCCCCAACCCUGGAAUGUGGCAGGUGUUCCUUUUGAACAAGCACAAAGUGGUGGCAUGGUUGUGGAUCCAAGGGAUGCCAAAGGUAUACUGGCACCACAACCCAUGGCCCUCCCACCACCACCACCGCCACCAGCACACAUGAUGAAACAGAACUACUAUUCUGGUGAGCAUGGACAUGAUGGUCAAGGUUAUGGCUGGCAGCAUGAUAACCGUGACAGCUUUAAUGGUCAAGGCUAAUAAGGUUUCAACGAUUCAUAUCAUGUUUCUUUCAUCUUUGAAAUCACUAAACUGCAGUUUCUAUUAUAUUUUGGCCUUUUUGUGUUUGUACAUUCUAAUCGAAUUGAGUUUUUCCUUUAUUUUUACCAAAGGUAAUCGAAAUGUUUAUUGUCCUGCAUUUGUUGCUAGAAUUUGGAAAUGAGAAUCGAAUCGAAUGUGUUGGAAUGAUAUGGUUUUCAACCUCAGUUUUUUGGUAUGAAUGGGUAUGACAAACUUUGAGCUAGAAAGAAUCAUGAGUGACAAUUUUCCUUCAUCAACUAUUUGAUAUAUCUGGCAGUGUAGUUACAAUUGGUUUGUGUAAAAUAUUUUUAUAGAAAGUGAUUGAAAUCAUGCAAAUUGGUUAUUUAUUUUGAUGUAA